AUGAGCAGUUGCGAGGUACUUCUGGAGGAGCCCAGUGGUGAUGCGAGCAGCUUAGCAGCGGCUGAUAAGUCGGACGAACCGAUGCUCACUUGCCUUACAUUCAUUUUCCACUGGAACAUACCGAUUGUACGGUUCAUCGGUAAGCUCACUCGUCUGUGCAACACGCAUUGUUCACAUGGACUCGUCCGAUAUCCAGGAAACUGGAACUGGUUGAAAAGUGAAAAUAGCUUUUUUCAGGAUCGUCGUUUUUUCAACAAACACAUUUUCACACGGCAUACGGAGCCUUUGCAUACGAAUGGUAUGAUUGUUAUGGGACCUAAAACUUUAAUUGCGCAGCGACGGACGCUGAAUUUCAUAGGAUCACCGAAAUGGCCUGAAAUGCGGACUAGCUGGAGACUGUUCCUGGAUCAUUGCAAAGUUUUCACGCAACCGAACCCGCUGGCAAUAAUAUUCAAGCUACAACUGGUCCGAAAUGAAGAAUAUUCUGCACAAAUUACAUCGAUGCCGGAUACAUACCAUUCAGCAUUUUUCUCGGGCGGAAAUUAUCGUAUCCUGGAAGGAAAUUCGUUGCUCAACUGCCUUACUGAUGCAUUUAGUACCAAUUCACGCUGGCUCGGAGGUAGCGCUAUCCUGACCGUCGAGAUGCGUUUUGCGGCAAACGAUUUUCAAAUUCAGAUGAGUAAGGUCAUACCGGUACAAUCGUUGCUCCGAGACGGCGACUUCCGCAAAACGCUCAAGGAUAUCUACAAAAACGUCAAACCCGAUUUCAUAAUCAAAACGCUGGAUGGCGAUGUCUACUCCUAUAAGAAUUUAUUAUACAUAUCCUCACCGUACUUCCGAGAUUUGCUGAGUUCCGAUAGCGUUUCAAUGAAUCAGCUGACACUCAAUCACAGUCGUGAAGCUGUUCUUCAGACGCUCUCCUACAUGAUAUUCGGAGUGUUCGAGUCACCAGAAAUCGUAAAUCCGGAUUUAAUACCGCAGAUGCUGAAAUGCGCCAAGCAGUUCCAGUUGCGGAUGACACAGUUCGACGACGACAUCGGACGAGUGCUCAUUUUCCAAUUGUUCAAGAAUUUGAAUAAUUUGGAUGAAGUAAUAAAAAUUUUGGCGCUGACGCAUCAGCAACAAGCCUACUAUCAAGUGAAACGGAUGUGCAUAGCAGUGAUCGUCGAGAAACAUUACCGAAGAUUC